UGUGCCGCCGCCAACCACGGUCCCUUAAGACAACCGAAAAUGAAAGUCUUCGUCAUCGCCGUCGUCCUCACUGCCGUGCUCGGGGCUCCUCGGCCUCAGCAACAGCAGGCAACAGCACCCGUUUAUCCCAUCAUCCCGUACUCGUACCAGUACGAGACCAGCGACGCCGCCACCGGCAACUUCCACAACAAGGCCGAGCUGAAGACGGCUCUCGGCGACGUGUUCGGCUCCUGGUCCGUGCUCAUGCCCGACGGCUUCAUCUACACCACCUCCUACAACGUCACCGGAAACAGCGGCUUCCUUCCGGUCAUCGUGAAGACGCUCCCUCAAGCCUCCGCCGGCGCGGCCUCAGCAGCCGCCGCUGGAGGCUCUUCGGCCUAAAUGCAGGUUGUCUUAGCGAGCCUUGGCCUUCGCGGCGACCCGCGUCCUAAGUCAUUGCGGUUCUUGUGCUCCUUCGCUCUUCUUCGUCUCCUUCUCCGGUUCUCACGUCGGCGCUAAAUUUACUCAAAUCAAAUCGCCUUUUAUCAAUCAAAGAAGACAAGAACCACAAAUUUUCUUGUAAAUACCUCUUCCGAAAUGUGACUCUGCGUUGCUUGUCAUUUUUUUUUUUUUUUAAUGCUUGUUGUUUUACUGUUUAAUUGUAUUUAUGUGUGUUGUUUGCAAAUGAUAUAUAUCCGGAUAUGUUUUUUUGUUUAUUGCAUAUGAAUAUUGUGUUGUUCUAUAAGAUGCUCUUUAUAUUUUAUACCGAAUAAAUGUUAUA